AUGGAGGAGCUCAACGAAAAACAUGAUAACGUAGACGUCCAGGGGUUCACGGUCAUUCAAGUGAAAUACUCUGAGAAAAGUAAAGCAGCCCACUGUCUUUACCUGAAGGAGCACAAUGUUCGUGAGGAAGAUAAAUGUAAACCAAGGGAAACAACCCUGUUUGUACUCAACAUACCACCAUAUUGUAAUGAGGAACAUUUGAGACAUAUGUUCUCGCCUUUUGGAAAAGUUCUUCGGGUAUAUCUUCAUGACAAGCCAUCCAGUGGGCCACCACGUACAGAUACCUCUAAAUACUUCCCAACUGUGAAAAUGCAUGAGGGUUUCAAGGUUGCUUACAUUGUCUUUAGAAAGCCAAAUGCUAUCAAGAAAGCCAAGAAUAUUCCUUACAGCAAACCACUAGUUAUAUCAUCAGAGACCCCCCAUAAAGACACAUGCACAGGCAUGGGAAAGUGGUGUAAGGCUUACGAAAAGGAGAGGAUAAAUGUCGACGAUUUACAACAGGAGAUUGAUGAAUACAUGGCCCAGUAUGAUUCACGAGUGGAGGAGGAGAAGCAGAAAGCUAAGGAUAAUGAAGGGGUGCCAGACGAUGAUGGCUGGGUAACGGUCACAAGACACGGCAAGAAUAAGGGUGUUCCGUGGAAGGAGUCGCAAGAGAAAAAAGUCACAGCCCGAGAAAAGAAGAAGAGAAAAGAUAAGGAGUUGCUGAAUUUCUAUUCCUUCCAAAUCAGAGAGACAAAGAGAGAACAAAUAGCAGAACUGAGAAAAAAAUUUGAAGAAGACAAACAGCGGAUUGCUCUCAUGAAAGCAUCAAGACGAUUCAGACCAUAUUGAUUGUUAUUUUUAUUUUUAAUAAAAAAUUGAAUGUU